AUGGAAAUAUUUAAGUGUUAUUUUGAGCAGAGUUUCUUAGCAUUUUUUAAAAUGUCUGCUUUGUACUAAACAAGCAAGUUGAAAAUAACUACACUUGAAUUUGCUUUGUUAGGUUGAAAAAUUACACUUAUACCACUCAGAUGGAGGUAUUACACCAUGAGGUAUCAAUUGUAUCUGGUCACUAUAGUGUGGCAAGUGUCUGAAAUACAAAAAAAUAUCUCAAAGGAGCAGAGAUUAUCUAAGAACCUAAAAUACAGUUAUAUAUUAAUGCUGAAAAGAGUAACAUUCUGGAAGGUAGGGUAUAGUCUUAGAAAACAGGUUAUAUUUCUUCAGUAGAAUUUCUAAGGUAUGUUUAAUGGACUUGAAUGGAGUUAAUAAUGAAUAAAAAUGUUUCUUCAUUCUGUAGGAAAAAGGAUAAAUAUGUUGCAAGGUACAGGCUCCUGUUGAUGAACCUAGAAAAUGUGCAAGUUGCCUUGAUCUUCCCACCUCCUCAUUUUGGUACUCAGAUGGAAAACUAUUUUGCAUAAUGGGACUUAUUGUCUAGAUAGGCAAAACAGUUACUUCUCCUUGCUGUCCAUACCUUGCAGAUGAGCAAUACUGGAGCUAGCCCAAUGCCAAGUGUUCCAUCAAGCAGUGGAAGAGGGACUGGAAAAUCAACACACUUUACUCCAGAAUUGCAAAGUAUGAUGUUCUCUUUAGGAGAUGCUCGUAGACCUCUACAUGAGUCAGCGGUUUUGGUGGAAGACAUUGUCCAUACUCAGCUGAUUAAUUUGUUGCAGCAAGCCUCUGAGGUUUCCCAAAUGAGGGGAGCAAGAGUUAUCUCACCAGAAGAUCUUAUUUUUCUGAUGCGCAAAGAUAAGAAAAAGCUUAGAAGGCUACUUAAGUAUAUGUUUUUUCGAGACUACAAAUCUAAAGUUGUCAAAGGAAUUGAAGAAGAUGAUCUUCCUGAAGACAGACUCAGCAGCACCACCAACAAACGCCAGAAAAUUGCUCAAGACUUCCUUAUCUCUGUUGAUCAGACUGGGGAACUCUUGGCCUUAUUUGAAGAUGAUGAAAUUGAUGACGUAAAACAAGAGAGGAUGGAGAGGGCAGAGAGACAAGCACGGAUGAUGGAUUCAGCACAAUAUGCAGAAUUCUGUGAAAGUCGUCAGUUGAGCUUUUCAAAGAAAGCUUCCAAGUUCCGAGACUGGCUGGACUGUAGCAGCAUGGAAAUAAAGCCAAAUGCAGUUGCCAUGGAAAUUCUGGCUUAUUUAGCAUAUGAGACUGUCGCACAGCUGGUGGACCUGGCCCUCCUGGUCAAACAAGACAUGACUCCCAAAGCCAGUGACCCUUUCAGUCAUGCGAUAUCUGCUACCUUCAUUCAGUAUCAUAGUUCUGCUGAAAUGCAUGCUUCAGGACAGAUUGCAGGCAUGAAGACCAGCCCUGACUCUCCUGAAAACACCCCACCCCCAACACCCGCCCCUCCAUCAGCAGGCUCACAGCACAUGGGGAAGAUUCCAUCUGGAGCCAUUGGGAAUGGCAGCAUCGGACAAGAUUCCUCCAGAGUUAAACAGCGAAAAAGGAAAAAAAGCACUGCCGCUUGUGGUGUGGAGGUUCAGAGUGAUGCCAUCCAGCCUGCCCACAUCAGAGAGGCGAUUCGACGCUAUGGCCACAAGAUUGGGCCCCUCUUCCCAUACACGUUUCCGUAUAUGGAAUGGGACGUGUUGCUGUUCUGUCCAGUUGAAGCAAGUCGGGGGAGUUCCAAGGAAGGGGCUGGAUGCUCACUGAGGCAGGGAGAGCAAAGGAAAUGGCAGAUGCCUGAUGGAGUUGCUGCAGGUGAGAUCUCUCACAACUGGAUGAUUGCUGGACAUGGAAAGGGCAUUCCCCCAAAAUCACCUGAACCAACUUCUAAAGUGCAUUGUCGAUGAACAUGCAUUAAACAGCAAUAGCAUAACUCAUAUGAAGCCUAAUAAAAUAAGAAGAAAAGCAGUGCACAGGCAGUCCAGCAUUUCUUGUCUUUAUCGGGAUUAAAAGUCAGCAUUCUUAUUCUUCGGAAACCAACACAAACGUUGAGGUGUCUG